GACGGCGAAUCAUUUGUCAGUUAUUGGUGAUAAUAUUCAUUAUACAUAUAUAUAUUUAUAUAUAUAUAUUCGUAUUUAUGUAUGUAUAUACGUAACAAGAUUAGUUGGGACUUUUUGGUUCGGAAUCCUGAAAACUGUGAGUGGACACACGUUGACACUGACGACGGACUUCGGACGAAGAGACUAUCGACGGAAGUUCGUUCCCCAGCUACCCCCUUACCCCAAGUGGACAUUUACCAGACAACAGACGCACACACGAUGGACAGGACGCGGCGGUGCAUACGGAAGACGGCACUGUCUUUGCUUUUGCCACUGUUAUUCGCCAGCGUGAGAUGCGAGGCUCCUCUGGUCGACAGCAGUGCCCUUCCAUUGGAACAUAGAUCGGUUUACGGGCCCCCGGCUCAAUACGGACCCCCUCAGUCUCACGGGGCUGAGGAAAACUGGCCAUUGGCUUCGCCGGACACGCCGCAAAUAAAGCACCUGCAGGUACAAUGCGAGAAAACACACAUGAGAGUGAACAUCGAGUUCGACCGACCGUUCUACGGAAUGAUAUUCAGCAAGGGCUUCUACUCCGACCCUCACUGCGUCCAUCUGAAGCCCGGCACGGGUCAUCUGAGCGCUACUUUUGAGAUAUUCUUGAACUCCUGCGGUAUGAGCUCCUCCGCAAAUCACAACGUUGCUGCUUACGGCGCACCGACGCCCUCGGGCAGCUAUGUAGAAAAUACCAUAAUCGUGCAGUACGAUCCGUACGUCCAAGAGGUCUGGGACCAGGCGAGGAAGCUCCGCUGCACCUGGUACGACUUUUACGAGAAAGCGGUCACCUUCAGGCCCUUCCAGGUCGACAUGCUUCACGCCGUAACCGCAAACUUCCUCGGCGACAACCUGCAGUGUUGGAUGCAGAUCCAGGUCGGCAAGGGGCCCUGGGCUUCGGAAGUUUCCGGUAUCGUUAAAAUCGGUCAAACCAUGACCAUGGUCCUCGCCAUAAAGGAUGACGAGAACAAAUUCGACAUGCUCGUGAGAAACUGCGUAGCUCACGAUGGAAAACGUGCGCCGAUCCAACUCGUCGAUCAGUACGGAUGCGUCGUCAGACCCAAGAUAAUGUCCAGGUUCCAAAAAAUAAAGAACUUUGGGCCAAGUGCGUCCGUCGUUAGUUUCGCCUACUUCCAAGCGUUCAAGUUCCCGGACAGUAUGAACGUCCACUUCCAGUGCGUGAUUCAAGUGUGCAGAUACAAUUGCCCCGAACCGAAGUGCGGACACCCAGGACUCGAAUACGGCGCUCCCGCCGGUCUGACGCAAGAAUACGGAGUGCCUCUCGGACCCCAAAGUCUGGGACAACUCACCUCAGAUUACGGAGCACCGCCGGUUCCGGAAUACGGAGUUCCGCCAGCGUAUCCCGACCCGAGACAUCCCAGCGGGCCUGCAGGAGCCUACAGCGAGCCGAAUCCGGACAUAGUUCCCGCCCCUCAGGCCCAAGCAUCGUCUUCAUCUCCGAGUUCGACGCCCGGAGAUUCAACGGCGAGCAGUUCCCCGCAAAGUCCGCAGGACAAUUUAGUGCACCUUCCGCCACCUCCGCUACCCGGUCAUCCGGCUGGCGCGUAUCAAACCGUAAAGAGGAAAGGAACCGUGGGCCCCGACGAACUCGAGGGCAAUUUGGCUACUCUGGGAGGACGUCCGAGGUCGGUCGAAGGACUUCCCGCUGAACUCAGAGGUGCCCGUAGACGAAGAGACGUUCACGCGCACGACGACGACGAUUUCUCCAAUUUCUACCGCGAGAUGACCGUCGGUGUGUCUCACGUGUACAAACGUGCCGCCCAAGAAAUGACGGACGUCAACACAUCCCGAAUUAUCCAAGUGGUUGCGCCGGGUGACGUGAAUUUCGCACUUGGAACAAACUCCAGUAACGAUUCAACGGUCGUUAUACAAAACGCAAGUUCAGCGGACCCAGAAACAAUUUGUAUGUCUCUCCCCGGUUUCGUCGGCGGUCUCGUGAUGCUACUUCUGGUGGUGGUGGUCGCUUCGCUCGUUGCCGCCUUCCUGUUCGUUCGAGUUCGCGCGGUCGACCGAAAGAACGCCAACGUCGCCCCGGCCUUCGUGCACCCAGCUUUCGCUGACAACUGCACCGUCAACCCGGAGUUCGUCAAGGUCGCCAAUUGAGGAUCCCGACCCCCCGAGGGGUUGAGUAAUCAAUCGGUCGAUCGACUUCAGGCCCGAAUCCACCCCCAAAUCGAAACCCUGAUCGAGCGACGUUUGCUCGAUAAUAAUUCGACGAGAACGAUCGAUCGGAUCGACGGAUCAGCCGGUUGGAAUACCGGCCGAAUUUAUGCCCUCUGAAACUUACGGCCUAAUUUCUAAUUCCCAUCACAGCCCUCAACGGCACCAUACUUAAGUCAACGACAAUUUAUUACACCAUCUAACGCGUCUGCAACGACCCCUAUUUCUCGUUCUCAUCGCUUAUCUAUUAUGUGCUUAGAUAUAGCCGGGUUCCACCACCCCGUCGAGUCAACCCUUGAACCCCGAAUACACCCAAGAGUUGUCUUGUAUAGUGCCUAUCAUCAGAUCGUACAAAGUGCUUGCGGUAACUGGGUGAAGGGUUGCGCCAACGCCGCGUAAUAAUUUAUCAUUAUGCGGGUAUUAAAUUGGCCGAAUUUUCAGACCUCAUGAUACGAUUUCCGGGCCUGAAAGAAUAAGAAAAGACACGGAAAAAAAGAAAAACAUGUAUAUAUUAUAUAUUAUAAAUUCACUGCUCCGAGGCCCCGAUUCGUCGUAGUUAUCAUCGGGUCGCGAGAUAUACGCUAUUAUACAUAUACAUAUGCGUAGCACUUACAUAUGUAUAUGAGAUAAUGAUACACGUCACCGUAAGAAAUUUCGUACACCCUACUUCACUCUCUUUCCCCAUUCCCAAGAUGCCAGUUAUUUUCACUUUUUUUUUUUUUAUUUUUUUUUUUUUACCCCCCAAGGUUUUGUGUCAUCGCAAAAGCUACUCCGUUUGCCUUCCUCCUCAUUCACUUCGACGACGAACGUUUACGUCAUUUUUCAUACCUCAUCUCUAAUAUAAAUAUGUGACCGCGUCUUUCUUGUCGAAUGAAAGAAGAGAAGACAAAAAAAAAAAAACACCCGCGAAGCGAUGAAAAUAUCAAGUUGCCAAGAAAGACACGGAGAUUACAGUCUGACGAAUUAAUCUAUUUAUUUUAUUCCUGACUAACUAAACGUGAGAAUCGUUUCUUCCAUUUUCCAUUUCCGUUCUAGACUUUUUUCCCUCCCUAUUUCAAAGUUUUCAUAGUUCGAAAACUGCGAUAUUCUAACAUAACUUAUUUACCUUCAUCCAUGAAAAGAUUUUCAUUAAAUUCUAUCCAUCCUCUCUCGUUAUUAUAUUAUAUUUAGGAUAUAAUAAAAAAAUAUUCCCGUUUUACGGGAAUAUGUCUUACGUACGUGUCUUGAGCACGCAAAAUUGUCUUAUAUACAUAAUAAUAUUAUGAUAUUUCGAUAAUUAUUUUAAUUAUAUUCUAAUUUUAUUUAUA